UCAAGAGUAAGAGCAAGCGGAGCGGCGAAGAAUUGCUAUUAGAAUAAAGGUAAUGCAGCGAAAACACGAAAAAAAAAGAGUAAAGGAACAAGUUGACCUUUCAGGCAUUGCUCGGUGCGAGAAGACCUGGCCGUGGGGACGCGGCAGGUCGCUGAAAAGAAGUCGAGAGGAAAUGAGAAAGAGGGAUGGAGAAAGACACUCGACUUGGCACUAAUGAACAGCCGUUGUGGGAACGUAGUGGUGCAGAGGAAAGAAGAAGGAUCCACUCGCGUUUGUGGCUCCAUGUUAAGGGCCGCGACUUGGAAACCUACCCCUGUCCAAAUGCGCAUCCUCCCUCGCUCGCGCUAGAUAUCCCCUUUAUAUAUUACAUCCUCAGAACAUUCCGACCGCCACAACCAGCACCAAUGCCAGUACGACAUCUCGACUUCUACACGAGUCAGAAGAACCUGACCUUGGUCCAACAGCUGCCGAUACUUAAGGAUAUUCGUCUGGGCAUCGACGGCAACGUAUGGCUCAAAAAGGUCACCCAGUCCGCAUCGGAGCAAUACCUCGCCGGCAUCGGCGGCACACCUUCAUGUUUGCGCAGAGCAAUUGAGAAGGAACUUGAAGGCUUCAAGGCCGCCUCGAUCCAUCCAUUGUUUGUAUUCUCGGGAUUGGCGCUGAUUCGCAAGGAUAAGCCCUACGUCAAUGACGAUGCAAGGAUUUCAAAAAGGAACACCGCAUGGGAUGCCGUCAACUCUGGAAAGAUGGAACUGGCGCUCUCAUCCUGGAGCACGUCCUUUGUUCUUCCUCUGCCUGACCUGAUCCAUCUCGUCAUCAGGAUCUUGAAGGAGCACAACAUCGACUAUAUCAGAGCACCUUACGGCGCUGGUGCACAGCUAGUAUAUCUGGAACGCAACCCUAAGCAGAUCAUUCACGCGAUCUAUGCUGGCUCAGAGUUACUCAUGUUCGACGUUGACCGCGUGAUCACUUCGAUCGACUUUACGAAGCAGACCUUCUCCGUCAUCUCCAAAAAGGCCUUGCUUACCGACCUGAAUCUGUCGGACGACCAGUUCCUGGACCUCUGCAUUCUCGCUGGAGUCGAUCACUGCCACACCUUCCCACCGCUUGCUACCGAGGGUGGCUUCGCGUACAAGAGCAUCCACGAGUUGCAGCAGCGCGGAACUGGAUUCAAUUUUGUGAAGGCGUAUGCAGAUUCUCCACAGGUCAAAAACACCUAUGUGGAUCUGUUCUGCAGGAUGCGAUGCGCUAUGCGACACCACCCAAUUUUGACAGAUGAGGGCCACGUUGAGCCGAUGAACGUGAACCAGGCGCCCUCAGAUAUCCACGAAUUCAUCGGAUACCGUCUUCCGGAUGAAGUCUAUUACUACAUCUCCCGGGGCGUGGUCUCGGAUACGACUCUGAACAUUCUUCUCUGUGGAUAUGGCGCGGAAUUCUCGCCCCUGUGCAACGGCGAGACGAAGGAUUCUAUGAUCGAAAGAUCUCGAUCGUACACUGGUACGAUAACAACGUAGCGCCUUUGGAACAUGUCAUCAAGACGGAUACUGCUCCUGUCAGUGUUCAGGAUAUCUCGAACUGGAAAUCGGGAAAGCAAUCGAUUGAAAAGGAGCUCAAGAAGGCGGAAAUCAAAACUCCAAACUACUCCUUCACGCUGGGCUUGGUCACGAACCCAUCCGACGCCGCCUCGACAGUGUUGGCCAAGGGCACCGACAAGCCAGCCCCUCUCGCGACCCUCGCAGAAGUCCAGACCCGUCACCUGUCCAAGUUGCUCCAGCUUCGCUCGUUCAUCGAAUCCUCGCACCAGCCCUCUGCUUACGGUAAGGCCAUCGUUGAAGCCUU